AUGGCUUGGUCGUUGCCGCAUAUCUCGGCGCUCCCGCCAGAGAUCCUUCAUCACAUCCUAACAUAUCUUCCCAUCUCUACUUUGCUGGGUUUCGGGCAAACUUCCCGACGACAUUACCUGGCCGCCGGUCUGGCCGUGCAGAACCUUCAGCUCGCCAUUCUUCCUCGACGCAUCCAUGGUGUGCUGGCCUUCUUGAAUUCGUCUACUUUUGAGGAGACAGACGCCAUAUAUGGAGACCUGGACUACGACUCUCCCGCUCAUAAUCAGAUAGUGGUCCCGUCUCCGCUUCCGGUGCCGCUGAUCGGCACCAAGAGACGAAAAAGUUCGGGCCCACCUCCUGUCACCCCUGCUCAGCACCGCGAGCGACUCUUUGAGCUUCAGAAUGCUCUUGCUUGCUCCGUUCUGUCCACGCCCAGCCUUGGCCAUCUCCGUUCUUUGACUCUGCACAUCUACGACAUUGUUUCGCCAUCACUGACUGAAAUCCUCGCCACCGGCUUCCCUAGCCUCCGGCACCUCCAUCUCAACUUCAGUCAUCGUUAUCUCCACGAUUCAUGUUUACCGGCCCACUACUGGACAUCGUCCCACUACCUUCAGGCCAGUCCGAUAUGGGACGCUCUGGCAGGUAUUGGUGAAGAACACGAAUCGAACUUGAAGUUGAGGAACUUGGAGAACUUGACGGUUGAGCGCGCGGGUCUUACGAGUGUGCAGUUGCAGAAAUGGGUGGAGAAGAAUCCCAGGUUACGGCAUCUGACGUUACGAAAUGUCGCCGGGGUGGAUGUCGGGUUUGUGCAGUUCCUCGGUGGUGCAGCCAGGGACUGGACGGCCAAUGGAGGGGUGUCGAGAUCUGCCAGGUUGGAGACUCUUGCACUGGAACACUGUGCUUCUUUGACGCUCACCAAUGUGGAGGAUUUCGUGUGGCUGAACUCCUUGUUUGACAUUGACGCCGACAAGGACUCCAUUGCUCAACUCCGGGGCUCAGAUCGAGGACACCGGGAUCCAACUUCUGCACUUGAGACAAUGUCCUUGCAUGGUUCAAAAAGUGUUUCGACAGCUUCAAUGGUCACGUACCUCGAAACCAGCCGUCCGGCGCUUCGGCAAGUCACGUUGCCGGAUGGGAAAGUUCUAGCAGUCAGGCCGAAGACGACCGCUUCAGGAUCGAGUUCUCCUUACAUCAACAUAAGGGAGCAGAUCGAAGCGCCGGAAUGGGAUGCAGAGGUGAAGGAUCAAAGAACUACUGAGGACCGCAAUGACCGUAUGCAUCCUGACGAGCUCGGCGGCAGCAGCAGCAAGCAGAAAUGA